AUGCCUUCUCCGUCAAUGCACGCGUACAACAUCCUCCUUGCCGCCUCCCCACCCCGGUUAGCUCUUGAGCUUCUCUCUGGCCUCCUCGCCUCCGGGUUCCGCCCUGAUUGCUAUGCUGUCCCUGCGGCGCUCCGGGCGUGCGCCGAGCUCCAGGACCAGCAUCUUGGUGCCGCGCUCCACGGAUUUGCCAUCCAGCUAGGUUUUCUUGCCAAUGUUGUUGUCACCAGUGCACUUCUAGACAUGUAUGCUAAGGCUGGUCUCCUAGUCAGUGCCGUGAGGGUGUUUGACGAGAUGCCAGAGAGAGACUCUGUUGUGUGGAAUUGCAUGGUUACCGCUUAUGCAAGGGCCGGGAUGGCCACGGAAACCCUGGAUCUUUUCAGGAGAGCUCAAGUGGAGGCGGUGAACAUGGUGACAGAUCUGCGGGCUGUGCCGAGCGUGCUGAGUAUCUGUGGGAAGGAAGGGGAGCUGAUGAAGGGGAGAGAAGUACAUGGCAGGAUGGUCCGAUGCCUUGCAUUCGAUUUGGAUGUCCCAAUUGGGAACGCGCUGAUCGACAUGUAUGCAAAGUGUGGGCACGUGGAUGCGUCGCGAGCGGUGUUUGCAGGCAUGCAGGAGAGGAAUGUGGUGAGCUGGUCAACACUGAUAUCUUGCUUUGGUGUUCAUGGCAAGGGAAAAGAGGCAUUGGGAGUCUACAAAAAGAUGUUGUCUGAGAGGGUGAAGCCAAAUUGCAUUACCUUCACGUCAGUUCUUUCGAGUUGCAGCCACUCAGGGCUAGUGACUGAUGGCCGGAUGAUCUUUGACACCAUGAGUAGGUUUCAUGGUGUAGAGCCCACUGCUGAGCACUAUGCGUGUAUGGUUGAUCUCUUGGGACGUGCUGGAGCCAUUGAAGAAGCUAUCAGGUUUAUAAAGAAGAUGCCUAUGGAACCUUGUGCUAGUGUAUGGGGAGCUCUACUCUCCGCUUGCGCCAUGCAUAAUAAUGUUGAUGUUGGAGAAAUCGUAGCCUAUAGGCUGUUUGAGUUAGAACAAGGCAAUGCUAGUAAUUAUAUCACUCUCUGUGGAAUUUAUGAUGCAGUCGGUCAGCUUGAUGGUGUUGCAGGAUUGAGAUCAAGGAUGAAGGAACUUGGUAUGGUGAAGACACCUGGGUGCAGCUGGGUUGAUGUGAAGGGAAGAGCUCAUGCCUUUUACCAAGGGAGCAUCCCACGUUAUUUGAGGAGACGAAUUCUUUGGAUUUUAGAUCGGCUGCUCAAGGAUAUGGGCAAUUCAGAAUCUGAAUAUGGCCAUGCGUACCAAUAUUAUGAGUCAAGUUAGCACUGAAGUUUUCUUGACAAAGAGUUGGUGUGAAGAAGUCCUGUAUUGCCGCAAUCAAAUUCUCUUGAGGAUAAAUCAUGGUUCACAUGAGAAAAUUAUUUUUUAUCACAGAAAGUAAGGAAUUCUGGUCAAUGUGGAGAUUUGUGGCCUUGAAUAUUUCUGUGACCAAUAUGCUGCAAAAACGAAGCACCACUUGGGUGAGAAUGACACUGGUUCUUCAGUUUGAGGCUCUGCUCUGAAGUGACUUCAACAAUUGUACUGCACAUGCUUGGUCCCAUCUGAUUGUUUGACGAAUGAAUCACACCAAGUGUUUCUGAAAUAUGCGGUAAAAGCAGAGGCAUGAGAAAUUUGUUAAUAUCUGCCUAAGGUAUCCCAGUCAUAUCUUUCAGUCGAAAGUGUAAGGGAUGAGCUGGGAUGCCAGAAAAAUUGCAACCGGAAGGAAUGGGCAUUGUUUACCUGGGUCAUCUACUUUGAAGCUAAAAAGGCAUCUAAACUGAAGAACAUAUGGACAUCACAAACAGGAACCAGGAGGUAUUUUUAUGGUACAUAAAGCAGGUAAAUUGGCAGUCCAAAGCGAAGCACCUCAUGUCGACCAAUAAAUGAACAGACAAACACUAAGGGAGACAGCGAACAGGAUUAUUAGGCCCAUAGACAGUAGCAGGAAAUAAUUUUACUUGAAUGCAACUUGAUGAAGGCGCUGACCAGUUGACUAUUUUAAUCAAAGCUUCAAAUGCUAACCAGACGUAUGGUGAUGAACUGAUGAUUUCCGUCCUAGGAUUGGAUUACGAUGUUGCUUGUAACAUCCAUCUCAAGAAAGAAAUCGGUAGAGCCACCAUGAGAAGAUGUCUUAGUGUUCUUUUCUCCAUUCUCACAUACGACUUUCCAUGCCUGGUUAUGUGAUAAGCAGCUAUUUUGUAAGCUAAGCAGCUCAGAUCCUUGGUCUGUGAAGAAUUCCAUAUUCUCGAUGAUCCAAUGCAACUCUUCGUCGCUGUUGAUGGGUAAAGAAAU